AUGCCACCCCGCCGCUCUACCCGAGCGACAACCAAGGCCGCCAGUCAAUCCAAGCUGAACUUCUCCAACAAAAUCACCAAACCGCUCCCCUCCCGCCCCAAUCAAAAAGACAAGGCUGUCAAGCUUGAGGAAGCCAUCACAAGAACAGCCACCCCCUCCCCUCCCCCCUUCUCCGAGCCAGCUCCUGAACAAGAACUUUCGCCGGCAGAGGUCAACGCGGCAAAGGUUUCGCAGGCGGCGAUUAAUCGUUACUGGAAGGGGAUUGAAGACUCGAGACUGGCGAAGGAAGUUCACAAGAAGCAUGGGACUGGGUUGGGGACGGGGGAAAAGAUUUUGAGGUAUUUUGACGUUAGCAGUCAGUUUGGGCCAUGUGUGGGGAUUACACGACUCGAGAGGUGGCAGAGGGCGGAGAGGCUGGGACUCAACCCGCCGAUUGAGGUGCUGGCGGUGAUUGUCAAGGAGGGGAGGGGGGAGGAGAAGGCACAUUUGGAUCAGUUGUUGAGUAGUACUGCGAUUGGGGAGAGGGAGUAAAUUCCAACAGGAGGGGGGGGAGGGGAAUAUGCGAAAUGACAUUGGAGUUUUGGAGUUGGGGAACUGCUUUCGGGGAAGGGGAUCACAACAGGGAAACAAGGGCAGGAUUUGGAAGGGGAAUGUUAUCAGGAGAGGAGAAUUUGUGCCAACAUAAUCGAGUUGCUAUGCAUCCUUGCUGGAUAUGCACCUUGCUGAUUACAUGUACUUUUUACAUAGCUUGACAUCACAGAUAGAGGUCAUCGCAAACAGAACGAGCAACAUAAUUUCGCUCUACUCUAAAUUCUAUCAA